CUCCCCACUCUUGCCAAACGUCAAAUCUCCUUCGCGCGCGUUUGCCGUGUUCUCGUUUGUCAGUAGCUACGCGUCGUUUCGCAAGCCGGGAUAUAAACGUCAAAUUAACAGUGACAUCAAUAAAAAAUUGGGCGUGUGUGUUCAGUGAUAUUUAGUACAUUAAAUAACUCCUGAAAAUGGCUUUCAACACAGAUUUAUCCACCAAACUGGAGAACAGCAGGAAUACUCUCAGGAGAAUCGCCAGGCACGACGACACGGAAUUCUCCAAGCAAAGCAUUCUGAAUGACAUGGAGAGGUUCGUGAAGAUGGUGAACCGCAUGGACGAUACCGUGCUGGUGCCCAGCCGCCUGAUGAACCUGCCGCAGGAGGGCGACGAUGACCCGUUCAGCCUGUUCGCCAUGCUGAACGAGCUAAAGACUGAGCUACUCUGGUCGAACGGAGAGACCGAGGAGCACGUGGAUCGCGGGCGCAGGAUCUCGGACCUGUCGGACACAGAGAGCGACGCGUCGUCAGCGGCGGGCGACUCCGGCAUCGAGGGCGAGGACGAGCGCGAGUCAGCCGCGCGCGCCGCCGCCGCCUGCCGCCGCCACCUGCGUGGCCUGCGCCGCUCGCUGCACCACCUCACCGCAGCAGCGGCGCACCUCACGAGGUCCUAUCAAGAAGAAGUUGGCGCGCCUGUCUAGGACGCCGUCCCAUAUACACAUUAUAUCCUGUGAUCGAAGCCUGACCCCCCACGUGUUGUACAUAUAGAAUAAGCGGCCCGCAUUGUACAUAUAGUUAUAUUAGGGCCGGACGUGAAAGGGAAUCUCAGUAAGUUAAUGUUGUUAUUAUUUAAUAAACUUAAUUUUCAAUA